UUAAGGAGCAACACUCGGAGUGAAGUGAAGACAAGUGAAGCGAAGAAGUGAGUGGUAAACAGACAACAUGUCGGACAGAAAGACGUUGUUGGGGCCUGCUGAGGUGGAGAACCUCCGCAGAAGAUCCGCCGCUGAUUCCUCAGAGAACUAUGUUGAUCCUGAACAGCAUCGGCGGUUUCCACAGCGACAGCCCCACACGGACAGACUCUGUGUGGGCCCCCAUCAUCCAGAGCUGGGAACGGUGGCGACGCCUUCCCCGGACGCUGCCGUGCCGCACUUCUGCCACUACUCGCCCAAAGGCUUCCUCGCUGUGCACAGAGGACACGGCACCUCGGCCCGCUCCACUCCUCCCUCCCAGUACGCAGAGGAAGGUUGGCAUGAGGCCACGACAAAGACCACCAUCAGAGCUGAGAAUGAAGUGGAGGCUCACAGGGAGGCCAACAACUACAAGUUUGGCUUCAGGAAGUGGAAAGGCAGCGUCACAGAGAAGCCCGUUGAAGAAAGAUCCUCAAAAGAGCUGUACACUGAUUUAAGUGUUGCCAAGCCUCUAAAAGGCUCGGUGGUUACCUUUGGAAACAUCAUUUAUGUGUUUUUAUUUGGAUGGUGGAUAUCUUUGUUCUACUUCCUCCUCUGUGUUGUCAUGUUUCUAACAGUCGUCUGCGCUCCUUAUGGCAAACUUUGUUGGAAGAUGGCCUGUUACUUUCUCUGGCCCUUUGAGAAGGCAAUAGAGAAGGCCGGUGGUAAAGUGAAGAGAUCCACUGUGAUUCUGCCAAAGUGUGAGGUCAUAAUUAAAGAGGGGGACACCGAGGACAGCAGGGACCUCACCAGUGACAAGGAUACAAAGCCCCUUCUCGUGUCUUCCCCGGUCUCUUUGGACAUUCCCGUCCCACAACCACCGACUAAAACCACGUCAAAGCACUGGUGUCGCGUCAGCACGUAUGUUUGGUUGUUGCUGGGUUACCCUGUGCUGGCUGUGGUCCACUCGCUUGCCUGCGUGAUCUCCUGGAUGCUGAUCUUCACCAUCCCAGUUGCUAAGAUGAACGCUCGCACGCUGACCACCGUCCUCCUCAUGGCACCAGAGGACGUCACCAUCCGUAAGCUGUCAAAGACGACUGAAUUCGAGUACAGAGUCACCUUGUGCUGCUACCAGGCGUGUAAUGUGUAUUACUGCAAAUACACUGUACAUGGAAUCAACAUCUUUGCUCUCAACCUGCUUCCCCUGGUAUUGAUCACUUUGAUUAUUGGCUAUACUGACCAUGACCACUAUUACUUCAGUGCGGAGACAAAGUUUGCGACAGCCAUCACCUCCAUCAUUCCUCUGUCUUACUAUAUCGGGAUGGGAAUCGCCAGCAUUUCUGCACAGAGUAACUUUGCAGUGGGAGCCGUGGUGAAUGCGACUUUUGGCUCCUUCACUGAGAUGACGUUCUACAUUACAGCACUGCUCCAGGGAUACCAGACCUCGAACAAGUGUUACGAAGAGAUCGUUAAAGCGGCUCUCACUGGAACCCUGCUUGGAUGUAUUCUGUUCAUACCUGGCAUCUGCAUGAUCAUCGGUGGAAUCAAGCACAGGGAGCAGCGGUUUAACAGUCGCUCGGCUGGAGUGAGCUCGGCUUUGCUUUUCAUAUCCAUCGGAGGUGUUUUUGCUCCCACCCUUUUCUCGAAGACGUUCGGUAAUCUGGUGUGUGAGAGCUGCACCAGCAUCCCGAGCAAUGUCAGCGUACCCUUAGUCUGCAAGGACUGUCACUAUGACACGAUUGGAACUGACGCACACACCAUUCUCUUACAUAUAGAGCCUUUGGUGUACACCAUUUCUGUGCUACUGCCUGCUGCUUACCUGAUAGGCCUCAUCUUCACACUGAAGACCCACUCCCACAUCUAUGAUGUCCACAUCAGUGACGGCCACGGGGGCCAUGCACAUGGUCAGUACACACGAGAGGACGUCCUCACCUGCCCCCCGGUUACUGCUGGUCAUCCGUAUGCUGUCAACGCGUGUAUAAAUGACAGCAUUUUAACCACCAGCGAGGUCGCAGAAGGAGGUCACCAUGUCGUCCUCUGGUCACGAUGGAGGGCUCUCGCGGUGUUGAUCGUUGCCACGGUGCUGAUGGCCUGUUGUGCUGACCUCAGCACAGAGAACAUCGGACCCAUUCUGACCCAUUCGUCCGUCUCACAGUGCUUCAUUGGUGUCACAGUGUUGGCCAUGGUGCCAGAAAUUCCUGAGAUUGUUACUGGGAUCCAGUUUGCUCUGCAGAACAACAUCAGCCUGAGCCUUGAGGUGGGCAGUUGCAUUGCUGUCCAGGUCUGCAUGAUUCAGAUCCCACUGCUUAUCCUCUUCAAUGCAUUCUAUGAUGUUGGAUUUGUGCUCGUGUUCAGUGAUAUCCAUCUGUGGUCCAGCAUCUUCAGUGUCAUCCUGGUCAAUUACAUCUUCAUGGAUGGAAAAUGUGACUACUUUCAGGGCACUGCUCUUGUGGUGAUUUACCUCAUCCUUUUGGCACUUUACUUCUUUGCUCCUUCUCCACAAUCUUGUUGAUCUCUUUUGUUCAAGAAAAAUCUGCUUUAUGUAAUAUUUGUGUGCUGUUUAAAGUUAAAAAAAAAGAAAAUGAAAUGUGCUGGUUAGGGUUAUUUUUUGUGUAC